GUAAGCCCGGCUCAAAUCUUUGGAAACAGUUCCUUGAUCAGUAAAAGAAGUGUAAACGAGGCACAGAUACAAGGAUUGGCUGCAUACGACAGAAUGAUUAGGAGCAUCCCUAUUUCAAGCAAUGCAAUCACCCUGGAACAACCUGAAAAGUCAUUCUCUAUUAGAGAGGCAUUUGGUAAGACGUCAUGGCCUGUUGCACUGCUGUGUAUGGUAGCCCUGGCUUUAAACAUCACCCUUGUUGUGGCUUUAGUUGUGCGUAGGAUCCGAAAGAGACAGCCUUCUCACUAUCACAGUGUACCAGAUAAUGCCUUCUAAACCGUACAUGAAUUUGACUGAAUGAGCUGUAUACAAAAUACAACAUCAAAUACACUGCAAUGUCACAAUUUAGCAUGGAAACAACAUAUAGCUUAGAGAUCUGUGGAAACGGAUCUAUUUGAACAUGGACUUUAGAAUUUGAUAUAACCGUA